AUGAACGAAAGUUAUAAAACUGCAAAAGUGACCUCACGGCGUGCACCACUGGAGAGAGCAGCCAAGACGAGAGUGAUACUGACAACAUGUACCAGUGGGCUGAGGAUGACGGGGAUCUGCCAUGUGGGGUCGAUCGACUGGGUCUCUCUGAGCCGGUCAGUGGUAGGCGAUAUGUCAUGUACCACGGCACCACCAGUCAGGCUGCUCGGUCCAUCAUGAACACAGGUUUUCAGCAGUCUGCAGGCGGGAUGCUCGGCCGCGGUGUCUACCUCAGCAGAGCUCUGGAGAAAGCCAGCCGCUACCCCAUCGAACAUCCUGAGCACGACAGGGUCGUCAUUAAGGUCGUGGUCAAUGUGGGGAGAGUGAUCGCCAUCAAUUAUCAGGGCCACCCGCGUCAGAAGAACUGGCACAACUCAAGAUACGGCGAGGUGUUUGACACGGCCUGGGUGCCACCCAGAUGUGGAAUGGUGUCAAGCGGUUUGGAGGAGAAUUGUGUCUGGGAUCCCGACCAAAUCGAGAUCAUUAGUUCCAUCAAACCACGCCGUAGGCAGCCUUCUGCUGGAUACGGUGCACACGGCUACAUGGCAAGUGACCUCACGGCGUGCACCACUGGAGAGAGCAGGCGAGACGAGAGUGACAGUAAUCCAGACAUCAUCAUGCAGUGGGCUGAAAAUGACUUUGACCUGCCCCAUGGGGUCGCUCAACUCGGGCACAAUGCACCAGUUAAUGACAGAAAUGAUACUGACAACAUGUACCAGUGGGCUGAGGAUGACGGGGAUCUGCCACGUGGGGUCGAUCGACUGGGUCUCUCUGAGCCGGUCAGUGGUAGGCGAUAUGUCAUGUACCACGGCACCACCAGUCAGGCUGCUCGGUCCAUCAUGAACACAGGUUUUCAGCAGUCUGCAGGCGGGAUGCUCGGCCGCGGUGUCUACCUCAGCAGAGCUCUGGAGAAAGCCAGCCGCUACCCCAUCAAACAUCCUGAGCACGACAGGGUCGUCAUUAAGGUCGUGGUCAAUGUGGGGAGAGUGAUCGCCAUCAAUUAUCAGGGCCACCCGCGUCAGAAGAACUGGCACGACUCAAGAUACGGCGAGGUGUUUGACACGGCCUGGGUGCCACCCAGAUGUGGAAUGGUGUCAAGCGGUUUGGAGGAGAAUUGUGUCUGGGAUCCCGACCAAAUCGAGAUCAUUAGUUCCAUCAAACCACGCCGUAGGCAGCGUUCUGCUGGAUACGGUGCACACGGCUACAUUGAUACUGACACCAGCAUGCCGUACCAGUGGGCUGAGGAUGAUGGUGGUCUGCCUUAUGGCGUCAUUAAACUUGGUCACUCUCAGCCGGUCAGUGGUAGAAGGUACGUCAUGUACCACGGCACCACCAGGCAGGCUGCUCAAUCCAUCAAGAACAGAGGUUUUUGUCGGUCUAAGGAUGGGAUGCUCGGCCCUGGAGUCUACCUCAGCAGAGAUCUGGAUAAAGCCAGCCGCUAUCCCAUUGGUCACCCUGAGUCUGAAAGGGUCGUCAUAAAGGUCGUGGUCGAUGUGGGGAAAGUGAUCGCCAUCAAUCGUCAGGGCCACCCACGUCAGAAAACCUGGCAUAACUCCAGUUAUGGGGAGGUGUAUGACACCGCGUGGGUGCCACCAAAUUGUGGAAUGGUGCCAAGCGGUUUGGAGGAGGAUUGUGUCUGGGAUCCCGAUCGAAUCGAGAUCAUCAAAAUCAUCCAGCCAAGGCAGAGUGAAGGUGCUGGACUGGCUGGCCUGGCUACUGUAGGACUCGUUGGUGCUGCUGCAACCUUAUUGUUUGCAGCUUUUAAUAGAAACUAAAUGACAUCCCUAUGUGUUGUCUUUUCCCUGAUCAUUCCCUGUCUAGUCAUACUGAAGCAGUGUGAUGAGUGUUUUUUGUAUUUAAAGAGGUUCUUCUCUGAAAUGUCUGAUUCUGCACAAGUGCACUUAACACGAAUAAAAAUGUUACCGAUGUAACACAACAA